GUGUAAAUUGAAGGUUUUGCAGUUCGUAAGUGAAUGAUCACGUGCUGCAGAAACAGCAAAGGUCAUCCAGGACGAAGCUCCUCCCCUGCAGUCUGCUGUCACAACCUUAUUUCUUCAUUUUGUCUCUUCCCCACUGCCAUCCUCCACUCAUUUACCACUGCCUUUCUGACUGCAUGAAAAAAGGUGAGGAUUUUCCCAGGGACCAUCAAAGAUGACAGGCCUUUCUACUCCUUUUGGUUAGCAAUAGCUUUUAGCUCCAAACUCUGAGCUGGAUGCCAUUGUUGUCCAGUGUCCAGUGUGUUAUUGUUGAAUCAGAAAAUGCUGGCCCGAACUGACGCAAGCGAGGUCUACAGUUCUUUAGAUGUUGUUCAGGGUUCUUUUGUGUCCUCCCAGAUGAGUCAUCAGUGUGGCUCUUGGUGUUAUUAUGGUAGGCUGACCACUCCUAAGAAGCAUCACCACUGUUAAUGUUUUCUCCAUUUGUAGAUAAUAGCCCUGACUUUGGUUGCAUGGAGUCCCAAAGCCAUAGAAAUGGCUUUGUAACCCCUUCCAGACUGGUUGAUACAAAUGGUUGGCUUUCUUAACUGUGCUUGAACUUCAUUAAUUCAUUUAAUUAAUUAUUUGUUGCUUUUAUUUAGCAUUUUUAGCCUAUUACUUGUUGUCAGACAGAUUGCAUUUAAGAUAUUAAUUGAUUCUAGGGGUCUGGAAUAAUAAGGACUGGGACUGACCUAUGAAACGGAACCACAGUGUGUCGAAAUAAUUAAAAUAAAAUACAUCUGUAAUGGAACAAAUUCUUGUUCUUGGUAGAUAGCAGUGCAGAAACUGGUCACCAGCUCUGAGCAGAGAAACCUGCAGUUGUUUGAUUUGUCAAAUGUCUUAAUGUUUAUUAUUUCUGCACAUUUAUCACAAAGAGAUUGGAAAUAAAAGUGGAAUCUGGGUGGUAUAGAUCAGGAGAAGGUACUGUCUAAGCCUGAAGACCUCUGGGUUUCCCGCCUGCCCUACUUUUACAACUAUAGGUAAGAAAAACAAGUGAAAACAGAAGCAAAACUUCACAUGCUAAUUCCUGUGAUUAAUAAUUUAAAGAGCAGGUAAUUGCCUUUGUGAGAACAUUAAUAACAUGGCAGCAUUUUUUUAUUUAGUUUUGUGUGUUUUGAAUGAAGAUGAGAAGAUAAAAAAGUUAAUUGUAUAAAUGAUAAUAAAGCCCUUUGCGUUAAACAUCUACCUUAAGUGGCUCACAUAUUACUAUCCAGCUGGUGUCUAAAAGUUUUAAGCAAAGGCUUGCAAAAGUAUUCAUACCCCAUUUGUCACAUUGUAACCACAAAACUGCAUGUAACUUGUUCCAGCACUGUUCAGUCCAUGACCUCAAAACAGAAAGAGAGUGGCACAACUUCAGACUUACCAAAAUAUUGCAGCCAGAUAUGCUCAAUUCAAUCAUAUUGGACUUAAGUCCUUAUGUAGAAAAGAUUGGGCAGAGUUUUUUUUUUUUUCAUUAGCUUUAUUUUUCUUAUUUUUCCCUCUUCAUUAAUGAACCUGCCCCAUCUGAAAAAAAAAAAAAAACAGAAUGCACAAUUAAGUAACAGCAACCAGUUCUAAUGUAUGCAACAACAAUAAAAAAAGUGCAAUCUGCAGAAGUCAUUGGCAUUUAAUAAGUUCUCCAUCUGCCCCAUUUUUGAUUUGUGGGUUAAAACAUUCAUGAAAUAAUUUGCAGCAGCAGUAAUUGUGGAAAAUACAAUAUAAAUCUGAGGGACUGAAUAAAGAUACACGCCACACUUUUCAAAUAAUUACAUUUAAAAAAAAAAAAAAAGUAACAACUAUCCAUUUAAAAGCAGUUCACAAGGUAUGGAUACCUACGAAAAGAAAUAUAACACAAGCUCUUGUUGUUUUUUCUGUGAUAACACCAAAAAUAAAAGGUUGAAUUCCUUCAAAUCAGGUUAUUAUGUUGCAUCUGUUAAAGCGAUCGAUUUGCAACAUUUGGGAAACACUUGUGUUUUAUUCACUCUGUAGAAGCGCGUGUUUCCCCCACACUGUGAUGGUCGACGCUUCCUCUUUAAUGUGAACCACUAAGGACGGGAGAGUCGGGGAAGACGGAGCGCAGAGGGAUAGGGCGAGGCGCACAAGAAGCUUUUAGUAUGCGCUGCAAUGCCCAACUGCAGCCCACUCAUCUCAACUAUGGUGAAUUACGGUGAAAUAUGAGAAACUAGAAGACGAGCCGGCGGUUCAAAAACAGAUAGUCGUGAUGACAAAAACAUAGCCGCUGUCGCUGUUAGUCAAACCAAUGCUGAGACGGACAGAUGCCAAGGAGCAGAAGAACGACCUGAAGGCAACUCAAAAGAAGAAACAAACUGGAUAAAAAUCCAUGCGUCUGCGCAACAAGAGAAUCCCGGUGAAUUCCUGCAUGCCAUUAGCCUCUGAAGCAAUCCUAUAGUACGAAGAUAAUGCUAUGCUGCUUUGUUUAGUGCAUGAAGACUGUUGUGGCUGUCCUUCCAAACAGGAUGGCUGCAAAUGGCUUGAGCAUGUCUGGCACCUGUCGUUCCAAACUAACCCGACUUUACCGAACAAGAUGCCGUUAAAUGUAUGAUAAUCCCAGUGCAUGAACCUGGCUGGCUGCUUUAUUUUAAAAGUCAUGGAGAAACCUUAAGUCCAUAUUAGCGAUUAAAUACGUAAUCGGAGGAUUGCGUGUCCAUGGAAUGGGUUGUGAACAUAAGCAUCCGCUUGUUAUGCGCAUCACUUGUUAUUUUUCAUGGAUAUUUCCCAUUAGAAAAAAAAAAAAAGAUGGUGAAAUGUACAUGGGGUUGGCUUUUAAAAACCACAAUUCAAGACUAAAAGAGAUGCAAAGCCCCUCGGGGCGAAACAUGUCUGAGAAUCAAACAGGUGAUUGCGCCUUACAUAUUUGCUGAAGCAUUGGGUGUCUGAAUAAAAAUGCUGCCAGCAGCGUUUCCCGCUCAGCCUCCCUUCCUCACUGCCUCUGCUGAUAAGAGGUUGCAGAGGAUCACCUUGGCUGUUGCCGCCUGUCGCGUCCGCAUGUUAUUCUGAAGAAAACAGAGGUCCGCUUUUGCUGAUGACAGCAUUUUCAAAUGAUCUUAAGAUAAAUCGCCUUUCCCAGCGUAACCUAGCCAAGCAGCUUCAGUCUGUAGUACUUUUUGCCCAGCAUGUUUCUGUUAGGACGCAGAGGGGAGGGGGGUUGAUCCAGCAUCCUCACACCUUCUCCCCCCUCCUGUAGUCCCGCUGCCGCCUUGAAGCAGAGGCGGAGUCAUCUGGGGACUGAUAACCCUUCAAAAACGAGCUCAUCUGUCAGAGGGGAUUUACUUUGGACCAAACUCAUCACCUGAGCCAUUGUCAUCAAGCUUUUCUCCCCUUUCUGUCCUUUUAGCUUUUUGCAGGCAGAGGUGCCUGUGCCCCAUCCCACAAGUGCAAAGAACUUUCUCAUCCAGCCCACUGUGGCCCCAUCCUGUCUGAAAGCUGCAGGCCCCAUCUUCCUCCACCAUGACGGUUGCCACCAGCGACCCUGCAGAUGAAGCAGCGACGCAUUCAGGUCAGCCUCAUGACCAGUAUGACCCAGAGCCAGACCAUGAGUGUUGCGAGAGAGUUGUCAUCAACAUUUCAGGCUUGCGCUUUGAGACUCAGCUGAAGACCCUGUCUCAGUUUCCAGAUACGCUGCUGGGUGAUCCCAAGAAAAGGAUGAGAUAUUUUGAUCCCCUCCGGAAUGAGUACUUCUUUGACCGUAAUCGACCAAGUUUUGAUGCUAUCCUGUAUUACUACCAAUCUGGUGGGAGGCUUCGCCGGCCUGUCAAUGUGACUCUGGACAUAUUUUCUGAGGAAAUCCGAUUUUAUGAGUUGGGUGAGGAGGCUAUGGAAAUUUUCAGAGAAGAUGAAGGUUUUAUAAAGGAAGAGGAGAGACCACUGCCAGAAAAUGAGUUUCAGAGACAAGUGUGGCUUCUGUUUGAAUACCCAGAGAGCUCGGGUCCAGCUCGAAUCAUUGCCAUCAUUUCCGUCAUGGUGAUUCUUAUAUCGAUUGUAAGCUUCUGCCUGGAAACACUGCCACUUUUCCGAAAUGAAGAUGAGGAGAUGUACAAUUACCAACUGCAUUCCAUGUCCAACUCCACCUCUACGUAUGACCCCUCAACAUAUUUUACAGAUCCUUUCUUCAUUGUGGAGACCCUCUGCAUCAUCUGGUUUUCUUUUGAGUUCCUCGUUCGAUUUUUUGCCUGUCCAAGCAAAGCUGGAUUUUUUGGUAACAUUAUGAACAUCAUAGAUAUUGUGGCAAUCAUUCCAUACUUCAUCACCCUGGGCACAGAGCUUGCGGAAAGGCCAGAGGAUAGCCAGGCUGGCCAGCAGGCCAUGUCCUUGGCCAUACUCCGUGUCAUUCGUCUAGUAAGGGUGUUUCGCAUCUUCAAACUCUCACGUCACUCUAAGGGUCUCCAGAUCUUAGGACAGACACUGAAGGCCAGUAUGCGUGAGCUGGGCCUCCUAAUCUUUUUCCUGUUUAUUGGUGUAAUUCUCUUCUCUAGCGCUGUCUACUUUGCAGAAGCAGAUGAGCCACAUUCACAGUUUAGCAGCAUCCCUGAAGCAUUUUGGUGGGCAGUGGUUUCCAUGACCACUGUAGGCUACGGAGACAUGGUACCGACCACUAUUGGAGGAAAAAUUGUGGGCUCUCUCUGUGCAAUUGCUGGUGUGCUGACUAUUGCCUUGCCCGUGCCUGUCAUUGUAUCAAAUUUUAACUAUUUCUACCACAGAGAGACAGAGGGUGAAGAACAAGCACAGUAUCUGAAUAUCCCAAGUGUGCCUAAAGGCAGUUCUGCUGAUGAUCUGAAGAAGAGUGGUCGAAGUGGGAGUGGAUCCACCCUCAGUAAGUCUGACUAUGUUGAGAUCCAGGAGCCUGUUAACCACAAUACUGAGAACUUCCGACCAGAGGGCAAAAAAACAGGAAACUGCACUCUGGUCAAUACUAAUUUCGUAAAUAUCACUAAAAUGCGUACAGAUGUAUAAUGUGACUUGCAAUGGAAGGUCAAACAUUGUUAGUAUUGCAGGAAGGUGAAUUCAUGUCUCCCUCUGCUCAUGAAUUAUAGUACCAAGGAUAAGAAAGCAGAACAAGAUGAGAGCAAGAUGAACUCACACAAAGGGUAGAUGGAGAAGACCUCAAGUUCUCCUAUCACGCAGAAUAAACAGUGCACUUUGCAGAACUGCCAGUCAUCUUGUUUAGGACAUUUUCAUGUCUGCAUGGAGUUAGUCUUAUACAGUAGAAAUAGUUUGUAACAGUGGUUGUCCUGCUUGCAUCAGUAGCCAACUAGUAGCCUAAUAAAUAAUAAUUCAUUAUUGCAACAUAAAGGGACCAGUAGUAUGUAUUAUAUUACUUAAACUGCUCCAGACAAAAAUGGACAGUCAAGAUCAUUUUAGUGUUCGCAUUUUUUAUGAAUUUGUAACCUAGCUUGUAAUGACAAAAGGUCUGGUGUGAGAAUUCAUGGGCAAUUUUAACCUGCUACUCAAACUACCGAGGCCCCGUUUAAAAGAAAAACAGAAUCACACUAUUCUGUUGGGGGAAAUACUCAUCGGAGCAACAGAGAGAGUCUGAGACAGUCAUAAUGGUGUUUCAGUACAAGCAGAGACUUGCAUUUAGCAUUCAUCCCUUUGCUCUGUUUCUUUUAGUAUAAACUAGAGGUCAAUGUGGGGACAAGCAAUUAUCUCUACUAAUAACCCAAACUAUUGGGCUAAUCAGUUCAGACAACUAGAAGAGUUGUCUGAACUGAAUGAUGAGAAUGUUUACUUUGUAUAUUUUUGAUAUUUUUGUAGUAUAUUUUUAUUGUGUUAAAUACAUGUCUCAUUUAUGUUUUCAAUGCUCAAGGAUAUAGGGAAUAUUUUCACUGUAUUGCUCAGAGUCAGUGCCUGUUUCUCUUUGACUGUAAGGGAGAGCGGGGCACAACCUAACACUUUUUUUGCAACCAUGUACAACCAUUGGACAUAGAUUUCCUUAUUCUAAUUUUUAAUCUUAAUUUCAACCAUUUUAAUUGGUAUGCUGCAAAUGAAACUCAAUGUCUGUUCUAGUAACCUACAGGGUUUCUAAAUCAUCACUGAAAGUAGCAGCAGAGACAUUUUACAUCCUGCCCCACAGGUGCUGUAAAUUGUUUAGCAAAUCUCUAUGAAUUUAAGUGGUAGCUGUCUGAAAAUGUGCACUGUAUUUUCUUUUGACAAAAUCUCAAAAUGUCUGGAUGUACACACUACUUAACUCUAAGAAACUCUGUAAAAUGUCUGUGCUUGAAAUAACCUCCGUGUUAGGACAUGCCCCACACUCCACAACCUAUAAAUGUCUGUGAAGUUAGAUUUUAACACCACUGCCCAACAUAAAUCUUUGCUGUUCUGGACUUCAAAUCAUUCCAUGUUAUGAAGAGAUUAAGGAGAAGCUUUAUUAUGCCAUGUACUUUAUCUUGAAGCUGAUGUCAGGUGCAUUUUAUAUAUAUUGCAGAAAACCGACCUUAUGUAUGAUUUUGAUUAUUUAUGCUUUAUGCUGCAUUGUCCAUUGUUUUUAGAACCACAUUCAACCAAAGAAGGAGCUCAACUAAAGUUACUCUGAGUGUUAUAAGGUCUGUCAUUUACCUGGAGUGUUACAUAUUUUUUGUGGUUGUUAUUCAGGUAUGAAAUAAUUGUUAGCAUUUUAAAAUCUAUGUAGAAACGUGCUGACAACAUUAAGCGGUACUGUAGCUGCAGUAGAAACAUUAAUACUAAUUUAUUGACUUAAUGUAAUGCUUUACUUCUUCAUGCCUGCUUUCCCCUGUCAUUUUCUCCCAACCAAUAAAUCCAAAUUAGUAAACUACGUCCUUCUGGAGUAAAUCAAAUUAAGGCACCUAUUUUCCUGUACUGUAGAUGCAGGCUGCCAUGUUCCCUCUUGUAUCUUAGGCUGAAAAAACAUGCACUUAUUACCCAUAACAUAAUCACUGACAGAAGAAGUAGAUAACACUGGACUCUGUUAUUGUGUAUCUUGUUUGUGGGAAGGAAAUACUAGGUAGCAAGAGUGCAUUUUCCCCUCAAAGAUAAUGUGUUAGAAGAAAAUGGGUUGUCAUGGUUGGAAGCAAAUUUGACGAGAGCUAACUUGUGAUCAUCUUCAAAACUGCUUCUUUUGAGGGGCAUGCCAGCCUGUGGUGGUUAGUAUCUAACAAUGAGGAUUUAAGGAAGGGGCAAUGGUUUGACUAAUCCAUGUGUUUAGCGAUAAGUGUGCCGUGUGGCCUAAUGCAACAGAUGAGCAACUGUAGCUCAAAUUGAAGAAUAAGUUAAUACUGGUGCAUGUACAUUGUUCACAUGGAAAAUAAGUGGAAUCAAGAUUCACUGUGAGAACUAGCAAGCCGGCGGAGUCAAUGUGAUGCUCGCUCAAUGUUAUGCUGGGAACCCUCGUGCUGUUUGCAUAUAGUGGGAAACACAAACAGAGUGUCCAGCAAACUAAAGAAAGAACAUCAGGAGCAUGGAGGAUAGCUUGCUGUCCUGUAUGAUAUGCAUAGUGGCCUGCCUCUUAUGCUUAAGAAAUAAAUCUGCACCCAGACUGAAUAAAUUUUGUGUUGCUCCAUUGUUUGUUCUCUUAUGAAAAAGGUGCUGGGAUUAGAUUUACAUUUUUGGUGCUUGUCAAUCAAUGAGUUUGUUUCUUAAAUCUUUAUGGGUUUUUUUUUUCUCCUUCCUGGUCAACAAACAUUUUGGCAAUACCUUCUUAAAUACAUAGCUGCUUCAGCUGCAUGAUGGUCUGGUCUUCUUUCACAAGUACAGAGUGAAAGUUUACCAGAAAGAAUCAAAGCGCCCUGGUCUAUACAUUUGUGUAAGCACCUUAGAAGGAGAUACAGCUAACACUGCUAAUACACAACACACCUUUAGGGAUCUGGUGGAAAAGUCAGGGCUGUUUCAACAGCAAAACAGAAAACACUUUAUGUUAUACCUGAUUGUUGUGUGUAUCUCAGUUGUUUAGUAUCCUGUUAGCUCAGCUGUUGUAUCAAUCUAUUAUGCAUAAAUGCAGUAAUGUAGAACAGGCAGGGUUGCCAUUUACUGUUCCUCCUUAACUUGUAUCAUUCUGCUUUUGUAGAACUACUCGCCCUGUAAAGUUGUAGCAUGCCCUAGAAUGAAUAACAUUUAAGUAUUAAACUGACUUAACUGUGCUCCAAAACUCACUUAGGUCACAAUCCAUUUUAAGAGAGUGCUGUAUGUCUAUGAGUCCUUAUGAUUCGACAGAUAAUUUAUGACAGGAAACAGGGAAAGUAUGAUUAUGGUCCUGGAAAUCUACAGUUUGACAUUAGUUACUCAUUCUUUCUCCCAACAGUCCAGCGUCUUGAAUAUUGUCCAAAUAAAAGCACAACAGCUACUACCUGCUGUACCCAGUGGAUGCAACGAGAUUCAUAGUUAGAGUUUUUGCUCAGCUGAGUGUAUUAUAAUGCUCCAAGGAAACGUCUGAGUGCUCCUCUCACUGACAUAUCGUUCCAUCAAGCCAGAUGUGUGGCGUACAUUCGUAUCUGUGCAUGUGUGUGUUCGGGAGAGACGAGAGGAAUGGAAAGCUUGUACACACACACAAGCUGAGUGUUGAGCUUUUAGAGACAACAUUGUAGCUAGUCCUGUUAACUGCUAGCUCAAAUGACAGGGGCGGUCAUUGUCUUCUAAUGUAUCCCUGUGUACUGUUUACAGUCUGUAUACAUAACAUAUGCAUAAAGUACAUCUAAUAUGGGACGCUGACAGAAUUCCCUGUUACACAGAAGAUGUGCUUCACAAAGGAUGUGUUGGCUUAUGGGAUAAGCUGUAGUGUCUGCCAAGGUCUAUAUUGCAGGAAGCAUGAAAAAAUGUCUUAGGAUGCAGUACAUCUGAUAAAGAAUGUAAAAUAAACACUGCCUACACCCAAGUUCCUAUUUUUUCUCUUUUAGUUUUUUUUUGUUUUUUUUUACAGUGGUUUGUGCUUCUCUAAACUCUCUGUUAUUGAACAUCUAUGUCACUUUAAGUUUGGCCUUGAGCCCUGUUCUUUCAGUUCUUGUUACCAAACACACAACUGAAGUGACACACUGCCGAGACAAAAUUGUUCUCCUGGAGAAUCCAACAGGAGUCUAAGAACAGAAUGUGAACUGCCGAAAACUCCUCCAACUCGUGGAUAUUUACACACAAAAACCCACACCGACCAUUUGAACUUAUAGCUUGUGUACUAAUGUGUACAUACACUGCCUGUGGAAAAUUAUUUUAAUGGACAUGCCUGAGGAUGGAAAACCUACAUGUGGCUUUGUGUAGCCUAAAGGCCACCAAGGACUAAAACCCACAGAUGAUUGCACUUGUGUAGCCAUGCUAAUUUAUCUAAUGUUUCUAGCUGCUCUAUAUGAUGUCUUUUGUCUAACAAUGCUUAAAGCUACUGCUACAGUAUGUAUAGACUCCCAUGUGUUUCAAAACUGAAAUUUAUGCUGCUAAUCUAAUCACAAUUUAUAUAUAUAUCUACUGUAUGUAUAUAUAUAUAUAUAUAUAUAUAUAUAUAUAUAUAUAUAUAUAUAUAUAUAUGAACAUAUAGUAAAUAUAUAAUACAAUUUAAGUGAAAAAUGAAAUGUGUACUACCACAAAAUAUUGCUUUUUGUUGAAUGUCAUUAAAUCAAAUGCAGUGAAUGAGGUUUGUUGAAGAUACACACAUGGGCCUUGCUUAAAUACUUUGUGUCUUACUCUGUCUACUUUCUAUACCUUGAGCCAAUUGUGUGACACUCAUAAAGACUAACUAAUCCUAUGGUUCUUCUCAAUUUUCUGUGUAGCUGCUGUCUUUCACCACUGUGUUGAAAAGCCCUUGAAACAAACUGUAUGUUGUUGCCUACAGAAGAAUUAUGUGUCGGACUGCUACCCAUGGACUUCUGAUGGACAUAAAUACGGUAGUCAGGAAAAUCUUCCAGUGUCAUUAUUUUAAAAAUAUUGUAAAACUGGAACAUGUAAUGAUCUAAAUGAUUAUGUCAGUAAAAGAAAAAAAGAAAAAAAAAACUUCUAUAUAAACACAAGUUACUGUUGUGUUUCUUUUUAUGAGUCCAAUAAUGUUACAUUUUUAACUAGAAAAUUUCAUAAAUCAUAAACUUCUAUAUGUUAUAUUUUACACACAUUUACCUGCACUCCUUAAAUUACUUGGCUUUGUUUUUGUGCUUAUUCUACUCCUUUUUUUUAUUCAAAGGUAAUAAAUUAAUAUAAAAGCAAUAUAACUUUUGAGGGGAAAAAAAUCUAUUGUCAUUUACAUUUUACUUACAGAAAAUUGUUAAUAGGCUUCUUAUUAAUCAAUUGAAAAAUAUUUUUGGCAAUAAGAAUUCGGUUUCAUAGCUGCUGACCAGAGUUUUGGAUGUUUCCUCUGUCUUAAUUUUGAUAAUAAGCCUCACAUCUUUAGUUACCUCCACAUAUUCUCUAGCACAUUCAAGUCAGGUCUGAAUAUUUAGGGGCUUACUUUGAAUUAAUCUUAACUUGGUAGAACUAGAAAUUCAGAAAAGUGUUUCAUGUAGAGCAUCAAAUGUUGUUUUUAUUGGCUGUGCUGAAGUGCUUUCCAAAGGUCCACAGUUAGCACAGACAGGACACACUAGACAUGGGAAAUUUAUGGUGGCCACGAUGUGACAUUCAGGUAGUUUUGAGACUUGGAAUCAAUCACCCAUAUUGAUUUUUAAGCUAAUUCCAGAAGCUUAUUAGCCCACUUUAUCUAUUCCCAAACUAAUAUUAAUAUGCAUGUGGGAUUGUUGUUGUGUUUGAACAGCCAUCAGAUCGUUGAUAUGUGUCUUCCUGCAAGUUGCUAAGGGACAUAUGUCCAUAAACUGCUGAAGGUGUGUUUAUGUAUUUGAGUCUUUGAUUUGGUCUGGUUGAAAGGAAAAUCCACAACAAGUUCAAACUUGGGCACCAAAACUUUCAUCUUGUUCUUAUAAUUUGUUAAAGUUGUUUAUUGUUGUUUACUGAUGCUUUUGGAAUAAUUGUUCAAAAGCAUCCUUGAAAGCUAUUUAAAGUUAAUAUGACAUUCCUGUUCAUGAAAAUGUAUGAAUAUUUCCUUAUAUCAGCUGUUUUUGAGACAUAAUCUUUGCUUGUCCUGCUCUUGCCUUUGUGUUUUUUUUUACUUGAGUUUUUCCACUUUUUGCUUUCUCUGGCACUUCAUGUCUAACAAAUUUUUCUCCCUUGUUCAUUACCCUCUAGCUCCAGCAGCUCUAAGCACUGAGGUAAUGCUCAGCGGUUGAGCUGAUUCUCCUCUCAGACAUAUAGGUGGAGUGCAGAACUCCCCCUGGACGUCUCAGUUGACUGGGUUCCGGUAUGUUAGCAGAGGAAGGCAGUCUAGUAUCUUUCAUGAUAACUAAUGGGUAUUUUUCCACUGCUUUAUUAUCCUAAUUAUGUACAUAAAAAAAUGUCUUACAUACGUUAUGAAAAACAGUAAUAUAAUGAGAUUUUUUUCCUCAUAAGGGUCUCAUUCAGUUAUCUUUUAACCAAAAUACAACAUAUAUCUAACA